GCCAACUCGUCCCCGCAACGGAGACAUUUGUUUUCACCGUCCGCAGGAUCAUACCGGGUUCGGGUGGCCAAGGAUCUGUUGAAUAUAAUAAGAGCAAACGGUGGGAACGGCCAGAAUUUUCCUACCGCAACUUCACUUGAGGCCUCGAACUCGAACCGCCAUUAGCUAUCGUAGUAUUCGCCGGGCCACUACCGGCCGGAGGCUCUAGCAUCACCAAGUAAUGUACGAACAAGCCGCUGAUCGGUUGCCUGCUUCGGGGACAUAAUAAUGCAUUCAAAUCGCUCCUUCAGGUCCCAGUGGCAGUGGUCACUGCGCCGCGGGUGCCCGCCCUACCCUGCUGCCGUUUCACCAUACCACAAACAAUGGAUAUAUAUGGCAGUGAUCAUCCUAAUCAUUUCCUCUUGGAUCCCCCUAGCUGCUGCUAUUUCACUGGAGGACACCCCACGAUCGACUGAGACAAAUCUGCUAAUUGAUACGCGGAUACCGGUUUUCGUCAACGGUCACUGGCAGAUCAUGUCCGAAGACGAGCAUCGCCAGCUCGUCCCUCGGCAGGCAGAGACGUUUACAGUCGACGUCUCGACAGCUACAGCCACUGGAGACGUAUCUGCUCAGACAACCGUCGCGACAGGCCCUCUUCCCACACCCUUCGACGGCGCACUCGCUGCGAACUUCUCGGGCGAAGAUGGGGAAGGAUCUUGCCUCGAUUUUAUCAAUACCUUUUUAGAGGACCCGACAUUCCAAGCUUGUUAUCCUCUUUCGCUACUUUUGAAGAAUUCCAAUUCAUUCUUCCAGGCUAUGAAAUCCGUGGUCAAAAUUACGCAGGUCAUCGAAACAUCGUGCAAAGCUGACAAGCAGUCUUGCACGGCCUAUCUCAAUGAUCUCGCUGAGAAGCUCAAAUCCGAUCAGAAUUGCGGAGAGGAUUACGACAAGCGAAAUGACCUAGUGAUCCAGGCCUACAAGGGAAUGAAGUCGUACGAAGAGAUAUACGGCGCAACGUGUUUAUAUAAUGUGGACACUUCGACGUAUUGCUUUGUCAAUGCGGUUACAAACCAGACGACUGCUUCCAACGUCUACCUAUACACAUUACCUUUCAAUUCAUCCCUCCCCGAAACAGCUGUACCCGCAUGCGAUACUUGCACAAGCGAAACGAUGAAGAUAUAUCAAGCAGCGGCGGCUGACCGAACGAAAUGGAUAUCGAGCACGUACGUAAAAGCAGCCGAGCAAAUAGACGCAAACUGCGGUGGGAAUUUUGUCAGCGCAACACUUCCCGAACCACUUCCGGACAGCGCCGCGACAUCUAUAGCGCAAGCACCGUCUCUACUUAUGCUGUCAUUCUUAUGCGUAUUCGUUUCACGCUUGCUUCGGUAGCAUUCUAUAGGCCUACGGUCGGUACUUCCAUCCGACAGUAAUUCACUUCUUGGGCGUCUUUGGAACGGGGUCAGGCAUACAAUAUGCUUGUUUUGGAUACAGGCUUCGGA